AAUAUUUGUCAAAUAAAAGUUUGUCAAAUAAAUUUGUGUACUGGCAUCACCAUCGCAGCAACGCAGCCAGUUGCUCAUUUUUCUGGUCUCAUUCGUGGUUGUUGCACGUGGCUGUCUCCCAUCUAAAUAACGAUGGGUCGCCGCCCUGCAAGAUGCUAUCGUUACUGUAAAAACAAGCCAUAUCCUAAAUCUAGAUUUUGUAGAGGUGUACCCGAUCCUAAAAUCAGAAUUUUUGAUCUUGGAAGGAAGAAGGCAAAAGUAGAUGAACUCCCAUUGUGCAUUCAUCUGGUCUCCAAUGAGUUUGAGCAAAUUUCAUCUGAGGCUCUAGAAGCUGGAAGAAUCUGCGCCAACAAAUAUUUAGUAAAAAUGUGCGGCAAGGAUUCUUUCCAUUUGAGGAUGCGGCUACAUCCAUUCCAUGUCAUCAGAAUAAACAAAAUGUUAUCGUGUGCUGGAGCUGAUAGGCUCCAGACUGGUAUGAGGGGUGCUUUUGGCAAGCCACAAGGUACUGUAGCUCGAGUUAACAUUGGCCAGGUGAUGAUGUCUGUUAGAGCUAAAGAUCAGCAUAAAGAACAUGUAAUUGAAGCUUUGAGGAGAGCUAAGUUCAAGUAUCCUGGACGUCAAAAGAUCCACGUAUCCAAGAAAUGGGGAUUCACGAAAUGGGAGAGAGCAGCUUUUGAAGAAAUGAGAGCUGAUGGCAGAUUAAAACCAGAUGGCGCAUACUGCCAUUACUUUAACAAUCAUGGGCCUUUCAGUGUGUGGGUUGAUGUGCAGCGUGAAUUGAGAGGACUUGAUUAAUUGUAUGAAGAUGAAUAAAGAUCUUGUUCUUACA